AUGUUAGAAGCAGAAAAACUAGCAGCUGAUAGUGAAGGCUGGGAAGAAAUAAAAUUAAAAGUCAAAACUGUUAAAGCUUCAAGAAGAAAAGCUGCAGGUGACCUUUACAUUGUAAGAGUUGAAGGAGAUAUGAAUAGGCCAGCCAUUGAAAUAAUGAAAUAUAUUAAAGAUAUCAACCGCAAAGGAGAAUAUGAUGACAUUUUUGAAUCAGGCUACAUCAUUGACAUAUUAACUGAUGAAAUGGAAAUUGCAUACCAAAAAUAUAAACAAACUGGCCCAGUAUCAUCUCGAGAUCUAUGCUUUAUUCAAAGAAGGUUCAACUUAGAAGGCGGCAAAAUAGUUGCCAUUGCAAUGUCAACAACCCAUCCGAACUGCCCAGAAACCAAUUUUGUAAGAGCUCAUCUUUAUUUAGGCUGUUUUAUGCUAAUACCAGUAUCUCCUAGAGUAGCGCAUAUGGUUUACAUGAUAAAUAUUGACUUCAAAGGAUCAAUCCCUAAGUUCAUUCUAAACUCUAUCCGAUCUGAUCAAGCUUUGGUCGUCGAAAAGAUCAGAAAGAACUUAUCAGCUUAA